GGCUCGCUGUCAGCUGCAGGGAAGGGUGCGGGAGGUUCCGUAGUUGCCUGGUGAACGGGUGUAAACAAAACAGGGAGCGAGUGGUCCGCUGGGAGGUGGCCGGUGGUCUGCCUAGGCCGCGGCUGCUAGUGGGCUGUGCGGCAGGAGCAGCACCAGAGCAGCCGCCGCCUCCUCCUACGAGCAGGGCUAGUCUCACCGCGAAUGGUUAAGUCUCCUAAACCCAAAUGUUAACGUGCAUAACGCAGGCUACGUGGAGGCACCUGAGAGAAGGAGACACAGAGAGUCGUGCUCUGCGUAAAAAUCAAUACAUUUAAUUUUUUAAAUGCUGAAGACUGUGGAUAUUAUGAAGACAGAAAUGCAAAGGAAUCUCUCCAGUAAAGCUUUAAGUAUUAAAUAAGAAUUGAAGCUCAUGCAAGCUGCAAUGGAAGAGAUUCCAGUCAAAGUAGCUGUAAGAAUAAGACCUCUACUUUCCAAAGAAGUACUUCACAACCACCAAGUAUGUAUGAGAUUAAUUCCAAAUACUCAGCAGGUUAUCACUGGAAAGGACCGUGUGUUCACUUUUGAUUUUGUUUUUGGCAAACAUUCAACGCAAGAAGAAGUGUAUACAACAUGUAUUAAACCAUUGGUGUCAUCUUUGAUUGAAGGAUAUAAUGCUACAGUUUUUGCCUAUGGACAGACAGGCUCCGGAAAGACGUAUACUAUUGGAGGAGGUCAUAUUGCAUCAGUUGCAGAAGAAGAGAGAGGUAUAAUUCCACGUGCUAUCCAGGAAAUAUUUCAGAUUAUUUCUGAAAACCAUAAUAUUGACUUCACUGUGAAAGUGUCUUAUAUAGAGGUCUACAAAGAAGAACUUAGAGAUCUCCUAGAAUUGGAGACUUCAAUGAAAGAUCUACACAUUAGAGAAGAUGAAAAGGGCAAUACAGUAAUUGUUGGUGCCAAAGAUUGCCAAGUUGAAAAUGUGGAUGAAGUGAUGAGCCUGUUGCAAAUGGGGAAUGCUGCUCGUCAUACAGGCACAACCCAAAUGAAUGAGCAUUCCAGCCGAUCUCAUGCAGUUUUUACAAUCAGUAUUUGUCAGCAACAACAAUCUGUGCAGACUCAGAAGGACGUGAACAGUGCACAAGAUUCAUCUCAGAAUUCAGGCCAGCUCAUAGCUUCCAAGUUCCAUUUUGUGGACCUUGCUGGAUCAGAAAGAGUAACAAAAACUGGGAAUACUGGAGAAAGAUUCAAAGAAUCAAUUCAGAUUAACAGUGGCCUGUUGGCUCUAGGAAAUGUGAUCAGUGCUCUUGGAGACCCAAAGAGGAAAAGUGCUCACGUUCCAUACAGGGAUGCUAAAAUUACACGUAUUCUUAAGGAUUCUUUAGGAGGCAAUGCCAAGACUGUCAUGAUAACUUGCAUUAGUCCAUCAUCUUCUGAUUUUGAUGAAUCGCUAAAUUCUAUCAAAUAUGCCAACAGAGCCAAAAAUAUUAGAAACAAACCUGUUGUCAACUACAACCCAAAUUGGGACCGUAUUGAUGAAAUGGAGUUUGAGAUCAAACUGCUUCGGGAAGCUUUGCAAAAUCAGCAAGUUAGCGGACAGACUCCUGGCAGUCAAGGGUCACAGGAUAUGUCUCAGGACAGAAACAGAAUCCGUUCUCUUGAAGAACAGCUUGCCCAGCUUCAAGUAGAAAGUUUCAACUACCGAAACUGCAUGGAGGAAGCCUGUGUAGUCCUUGUUGACUUAAAAAAUUCUGCCAGCUUAACAAAAAGCCAACAAGAAAGACUGCAAGAUUGGCUCAUCAUAGCUCAGGAGCUAAGGAGAGAAGCUUCAACUAUUCCCAAAGUAAACAAUGGAAAUGGAAGUGAGCAAGAUGGACCAUAUCAUAUCACAAUUCUUCAGCUGAAGAGGGAGCUCAAGAAAUACCAGAAGGAAGAAAGCAUAUAUCUGUUCUCAGUACUGCUGCUGGAUGAGAAAUGGGAAAUUCUCAGCAGGAGUAUUAAACAGGAGAAGCAGGCUCUUGCUACAGAUGCAGAAGUGUUUAGUGAGAAGGAGUUUGAGAUAAAAGUAUUGCAAGAUCAAAUGCAGAAACUGAUAAAGGAAAAUGAAGACUAUCUGGAAUCACUCAAAGAGGCACAAGAAACAAAUAGAUUGCAGAAUGAGAAAAUGGUGGAGCAACAGCUUAUAAUUGAUGGGCUAAGUGACAACUUAGAGAAAAUGGCCAAAGCCUCUGCCUCCAGAGAUGAUUGUGGAGAUGGACCAGCUGCUGUAAUAUCUGCUAAAAGGCCCUACACUAGGGCCUACAGUGUUCCACUAACUAAAAGUUUGAUACAAUCUGUUAAUGCACCAAUGGGGUUGGAGUCUCGAAAGGUACACACAAGUCCUCCAACAUAUUCCCUAAACAGGGUAAUGGCUGGAUUUCGAACUCGCAGCCAGAUAAUAUUGGAUCACAUAGAAGAACAAGAUGAAGUUCUUCAUUGUUGCUUUUCUGAUCACAGUGAUGAUGAUGAAAAACAAGCGGAGAACAAAAAGAGACACCCAUUUAGACGUUCCUUACACCGUACAUGGACUCGAAAACAGAUUCCUUUUAGCAGUACACUUGAACAAAAAGAGGUGCAGCACGAUUCCAGUUCACAAAAUGAAAACAUUUCACAGAUGAGAACCGUUACAGGUGCUGAUAUUGAGUGUAUCCAGAAGAGCCAGAUACUAAACAUGCAGAAAUUAAAGAAUUCAGAACUAAAACUUGUUGCUGCAAAGCAAAAGAUGAGUGAACUUGCACUUAAUAUCAGAAUGAAAGAAGAACUUAUUAAAGAACUGGUUAAAACAGGGAAUGAUGCCCAAUCUGUAAGCAAGCAGUAUUCUCUGAAAAUAACACAACUGGAGCAUGAAGCAGAGCAGGCUAAGAUGGAGUUGGCAGAAACGCAAAAGCAGUUGCAGGAGGUAGAAAACAAGGAGCUAAGGGACAUUGCUGAGAAAGCCAGGUUACAAAAAGAAUUUAGGAAGAAGAUGGAUGCAGCAAAGCUAAAAGUACAGGUCUUACAGAAGAAACAGCAGGACACGAAGAAGUUGGCGUCGUUAUCCACUCAGAAUGAGAAACGUGUAACAGAAGUUGAACAGAAUGUCAGUCACAUGAAAAAUCAACAAGCCCAACUACAGAAAAGAUUGGAAGAGGAGAGUGAAAAAAAGAAACACUUGGAAGGAGAAAUUAAGCUGGGUCAACAGCAAAUCAAGGAGCUUCAACAAAAGACAGAACAGCAAGAAAAGAUUCUAAAAAUGAAAGAUGAAGAAAUUGCUGCAUUUAAGAGGCGAAAUUCACCUGAAACGCCACAGCAACUGCAGAAAUUAGAAGAGAAAAAGAAAUGGUUGGAUGAAGAGCUAGAGAAAGUUUUGUAUCAACGUCAAGAGUUAGCUAAUCUGGAGGAAGAUUUGAAAAGAAGAGAGGCUAUUAUUUCCAAGAAGGAGGCACUGAUUCAUGAGAAGAGCCAUUUGGAAAUUAAAAAACUGAGAUCCAGCCAGGCUCUCAAUAAAGACAGUUUUAAAUUAUCUAGUCGUCUGAGUAUGCUGGAUCAGGAACUGUGUGACAAAAAUAUACAGCUUCAAAGUAGCACCAGUGAUGAGCAAGAAAAGAUUUUGGAAGAGGUUCAGGCUCUGCAGAAGGAAAGGAACCAUCUGUUAAAAAGAAGGAACAGUGUGGAUGAAAAACUGAAGAAUGGCAGAGUGUUAUCACCUGAAGAGGAACAUGUUCUGUUCCAGCUUGAAGAAGGAAUUGAAACCUUGGAGGCUGCCAUUGCCUACAAGAAUGAAAGUAUCCAAAAUCACCAGAACUCUCUCAGAGCCUCCUCUCAAAUACUCAUACAGAAUGAGGCCAAUAUGAUGGGAAAGUUAGUUUCCUUAUCCGCUACUGAGCUGCGAGCAAUUCUUCUAAAAUACUUUAACAAGGUUGUCAGCCUCCGUGAAACUCAACGUAAAUUGCAGCUCCAAAAUGAAGAACUAGAAAUGAGGGUAAUAGAACAAGAAAAUAUAGUAAGAGAACUUCAGUUGGCACUUGAACAUCUUAUGCUUCAGUGUGACAGGCGUCUAACUGCUCAACAGAAAGAAAAUGAACAAAAAAUGCAAUUAAUACUGCGGCAUUGCAAAGAAAAAGAUGGUGAAAGUAUUACAGAAACCCUUAAAACAUAUGAAGCUAAAGUUCAGCAACUGGAAAGAGAUUUGUUUUUCUAUAAGAAAACCAGCAGAGAAUUGAAGAAGAAAUUAAAGGAACUGGUUGGAGAAUCAACACACCAUCCUCUGACACAAAGUAAAUGUGGUAGUUCUGCUGAUGUGAUCCUGAACCAAGAUCAAGCAAAUGUGUCUUCAGAAGAGCUCAAGUGGACAUCCAAGUUAUCAGGGAAAUUAAAAGAAACUGACCACCCACUAUGUGGUUUUGGAAUACAGCAAAAUCCACACAAAUGUGAAGCGGAAGCUACAGAAGCGGUUCCCAGCAUAUUGUGUUUAUCCAAUAGUCAUGAGGAACAAGCAGGAAUAAUACGGCAGCCUGCAAAAUCUUACCCACAAGUAUUAUGUCAUUCUCAGCCCAGAGACACUGCGACACAGCUGCAAGGAGUAACUCCAGUAAAACUUUCUCGCAAAGAAUUACGUCAUAUCCCUGCUUCUGAGCUUUCAUCACGGCGCUCAGGUCUUGCAGCUGGUGUAAACUCUAUUCCGGCAGAUUCCAUUGAAAUAUCUAGAAAGUUGUAAGGACUAUAAUAUAUAGUCAUCCCUAUAAAAUUUUGAAAGUAAUUACUUGUUCUAAAAAUUCCAUUUUAUGGAAUUGUGUUCAUAUGAGUUAUUCUAGUUGCUGUACUUUACACUGCAGCACACUACUUGUGUUAUGUAGACAUCUAUCAUGCCUUAUUGACAUAGUGAUGAUUAUAAAAGGCUGCAACUGAAGAAAUUUUGCCCUUAAGUAAUGUGAUUAAAAGUUUUGUACUUGUAAUUCUCUAGAAUUGACAUGGAUUUUUAUUUCAUGUCUUCUUAAAUGCAUCCUUAUUUCCAGUGCUGCAAGGAAGUGCUCACAGCCAGUCCAGAUUUUUUCCACAUAAGCAAUCCCAACCAUUUCUUAGGGCCUGUUUAGGAGGACAAAGAUGAUACAAUAAACUGAGCAAUCACAGUUAGUCAGAAGUACUUCAACCGAUUACGAAGCUGGGGAGAUUACUACCACCUUUAUAGGAAGUGCUGCUGUGACUAUAUCCGAUUAGUUAGUUUUAUACAUUACAGUUGACUAUAGGAAGUGCUGCUGUGACUAUAUCUGUGAUUAGUUAGUUUUAUACAUUACAGUUGACCAUGAUCUGGAGUGUUUGCCUGCACAAACAAUUUUAUACGAACUAGACCAUCAUGGGAUCAUCAGCAGUAACUGGUUUUCUCCAUCACAUUUAUACUGAAGUUUAUGACAAAACACUUUGGUGCUGACCAAGACCUUAAAGUUGAAUGUCCUUCCUUAAAAAAACAACCAGCAUGACUAUAACUUUUUUUCUGGUCAAAAAAUCAAUGUUAUGUUGGCAAGGAAGCUAGUUUCAUAAACUAUUUUAUUUAAAAUUAAUAGCCUCUUAAAUCCUAAAUCAUACUUAAUAACUAACUCAAAGUUAAACUUUAUUUAAAGUUCCUUGGAAACUGUGCCUAGAAAUGUCAGUGGGGCAUUUGUAUGAAAAACAUGUUCCGCAAGUAUAUUCUGAAAUAGUUGUCAGAGCAAGCAUGAUUUUAGAUAAAUUACUAGAACAAAUGUAUUGAUCACUUACAUUGAUGUAGGUGCACUUAAGUCACUGAGCUGCCUCCUUAAGCACAAUAAAAAUGUUACAUUGGUAUGUAGGGAAUGUCUGUAUUUCAGACAGAACCACAUUAUUAUAGAUUACAACACUAAGUUGGUAAAUGAAACUUGGUGCAUAAGUAACAUUUGCCCUGGGAUCAAGGGAUCAAUGUCUACCAAGCAGCAAGCUUUGGGACCCUUUAUUUCCUUCCCCUUCCCCCUAUGUCAUCAUACAAUUCUCUCCACAUUGCAUUCUGUUACCCAAGAUUGUUUUGUGUGACCAUUUUCGACCCAGAAAUACUCAAACUCUUUCACAAUGUUAUCUUAAUUUUAUAUAUUUGGCUGUGGUUUUGCAGCCAAAAAUCACAGUUAAGUACUUUUGCAAUACAUCUUAUUUAGAAGCAUUAGAUAUUAUUUAAAGCUUGAGUUAUCUGUAGAAGGGAUGGUUCCAUUCCAUUUUUCUAGUGAUCUUUGAUAAGGAGAAUUUGAGAGAAAGUAGUUGAUUUCAAAUAUUUGUAUUUUAAGAAUGUGAUAGGCAUACACAGAGUAACAGAGUGGUGUUCAGGUGUAUUGUACUUAGUUAUUGGACAUUUUUAAGAAAGUUGCCACUUUGGAGUAUCAGAUCUUGCACUUAAAAUGUUGCUUUAUUAUUUAUUCCUCUUAGCUGCAUUUGGGGUCAGUAGCGGGGGGCGGUAAAUCUGGAUUAUAUAUUCUCUUAUACAGUUACCAUCCAUUGAUGGACAACAUCAAUUUCCACUGGUGUGAUUCUUAAAAGGAAAGCUUUCUCAUUAGAAUAUCAUGUUACAAGAUUGCUUGUGAACAUACUAAAGCAUAGUUUAUCCUGGGUCCAAACUGCUUUAUUCUUAAACCGCUAAAAUAUUUUGCAACAUGUUGAAACUGAAAUAAUUGUUCUCUUAAUUACAACUGUUUGUUGUACUGUUGAAUCGUGAUGUGAAAGUUUUUGCAAAUGGCUGUGGACUGAAGUUGAAAUAUAUUUUACUUCGUGUUACAUUUUAUAUUUUAGAUACUUAAUACUUGUACAACCUAAAUACAAUUAUCGUAAAACACA